AAAAGGGUUAUAUUUCAUAUUCCCCUAAAGUUAGAGGGUUCAUUUGAAAAGUUGUGAAAACUUAAAACCCUCUCAUGGCGUCCUAAUUCAAAACCUCGCAGAAACGCUAAACCCCAGUCACAGCCACCUCUCUCCACUUCUCCGCCCUCACCCCGCCCACACGUAUAAAUUGAUAAAGGAAUAGACGGAUGGCCGGAAAAUCAGGCUCGACGCCGGCGACAUACUCGCCGUCCCUCUCUGGUCAGAAGAAGAAGAGGCCUCCCGUACUUGCCGAUUCCAAUUGGGUCCGACCCGACGGCCGCACCCUCCAUCAGUGCCGCCCUGCAUUUCUAAGGACUGGGGCCGUAAAUUCUGCUUCAGGGUCUGCAUAUGCGGAAUUCGGAAAUACCAAGGUCAUUGUAUCUGUAUUUGGUCCUAGGGAAAGUAAGAAAGCAAUGAUGUAUAGUAACUCCGGGCGGUUGAAUUGUAAUGUCAGUUACGCAACUUUUGCUACUCAUGUUCGUGGUCAGAUGCCAGAAACUAAGGAUAUUUCCUCAAUGCUCCACAAAGCUUUGGAGGGUGCCAUAAUACUUAAAUCUUUCCCCAAGACAACUGUUGAUGUUUUUGCUUUGGUAUUGGAAUCUGGAGGAAGUGAUCUCCCAGUAAUUACAACAUGUGCCAGUCUUGCUCUAGCAGAUGCUGGGAUCAUGUUAUAUGACAUGGUUACCUCUGUUUCUGUGUCGUGUCUUGGGAAGAAUCUUCUGAUCGACCCUUUAUCAGAAGAAGAAAGCUACCAAGACGGAAGUCUAAUGAUUACUUGCAUGCCGUCACGUAACGAGGUUACUCAGAUGACUGUCACAGGAGAGUGGUCGACACCAAAGAUAAACGAGGCAAUGCAGUUAUGUAUUGAUGCUUGUUCCAAACUAGGGAAGAUAAUGAGGUCGUGUCUGAAAGAAGCUGCUUCCAUUACACAGGAUUAGGCUACGUGUUAUACAGCUGCUGAAAUUAUUGGUAAAAAAAUCUGUUUUUGACAUCAAUUUUGCUUCUUAAUAUCCGGACCCUUUCUUUUCGUUGAAAUGUAGUCAUCUCUGUCGAUUAUCCUCAUUUAAACGUUGAUUUAUAUUCUGUAAUAGUAGUGAUCGAUUGACAUCUUUGAGUUUUUGAUGUGCCGCCUAUUCCGAUAACGGAUAAAGUAGCAGGUCUAUCAAAGCUUACUAGGAAAGUUUGUACUUCAUAUAUAUGUGUUUGUGUGUGUGUGUGUGUGUGUGUGUUCAAUUUGAUUGAAAGAUUUUGAUUA